UGUGUGUAUGUGGCUAGCUCCUAGCAGCUAGCUAGUUACGCAGUAGCAGCGUCUCGUCGGGCAGCUAGUGAAACAUUUGGACCAAUGCCUUAGAAAACAUCUUUUCUCCUUCUCCCUAGGAUUAAUAAGAAUGCUGUCCAUUUAAUUAGAUGGACACGGUUCGUUAGAGUAACCGUAAAUCCCCGGUGAGAGCUCGUUAUUCACCGCGGUCACAUUUUACCGUUUUAUGGCCGAGCUAGCUAACUAGCUAACUAGCUUAGCAUUGCUAUUGCUAGCCUGUUAGCAACGCCUAUGAUGGCACAGCCGAGGAGCGAGUCCAUAAAGGAAGCCUAGACUCUGCAUGGCGACGGACUGGCAGCAGUGGGAGUGAGCAGCCAAUCAGCCAAGGCCACCUGUAGCAACAUGGCGUCCCGUCAGCGGAACUCGGUCCGGAUCCUGUCCAGCCGGGAGCGAGGCUCUCAGACCUUCGGCUCGCAGAGGCUCCUGCAGCUGCUGGUGGAGGAGAAAGUCCGCUGGAUGAAAUGGCAGAGUCAGAAAGUGGAGCUGCCGGACAGCCCUCGGUCAACGUUCCUGCUGGCGUUCAGCCCCGACAGGACCCUCAUGGCUUCCACUCACGUCAACCACAACAUUUACAUAACGGAGGUGAAGACUGGAAAGUGCCUACAUUCCUUAGUGGGCCACCGUAGAACCCCCUGGUGUGUGACCUUUCACCCCACGAUCCCCGGCCUGGUGGCCUCCGGGUGCCUUGAUGGUGAAGUCCGCAUCUGGGACCUGCAUGGCGGUAGUGAGAACUGGUUUACGGAGAGCAAUGUGGCCAUUGCAUCGCUGGCCUUCCACCCGACCGCUCAGCUCCUCCUCAUCGCCACCAACAACGAGCUCCACUUCUGGGACUGGAGCCGUCCGGAGCCCUUCGCCGUGGUCAAGACGGGCAGUGACACGGAGAGAGUCCGGUUGGUGAGGUUUGAUCCUCUUGGUCACAACCUACUGACGGCGAUAGUUAAUCCGUCCAAUCAGCAGAACGAGGAGGACUCUGAGGUUCCCAUGGACAGCGUUGAGAUGCCUCACUUCCGUCAGCGCUCCUUCCUGCCUUCCCAACCAGUUCGCCGCACGCCCAUCCUCCACAACUUCCUCCAUAUUUUGUCGUCUCGCUCCCCGGGGGCUCAGGCGGGAGGCGAGCAGCCGCGCGCUCUCGGUGAUAAUGUGAGCAAUGUGGGAGAAUCUCCCAGCAUGCCUCUGGCCCAGUACCCCAGCUCUGAGCGCGUGCCUCCGUUCCCGGGCUGCACCCAGCACCUGGGCAUGGUCUGUCUGUGUAGUCGCUGCUCCGUCAGUCGCAACCCUUCCCUGGCUGCCGAUCCUACCCCCUCUGAUCCCAGGGCCACAUCUGACGCCCCCCAGCCUCCUCCAGCUUCCACUUUUUCCUCAGCCCGUACGGAGCCCAGACAGCCCUCAGAGCGACCCUCGGCCUUUACCUCAGUCUACUACAGCGCCGGCACUUCUCUUAACCCCUCUGCACCGAGCGGCAUGGAGUCCCACUCCACCUCCAGGCCGGGACCUGACUGGACACGCAACCUGCUAAGUAUGAGGGAGGGUGGGGUCGGUCCAGGUAUGCUGCCUCCCCGAACCUCAUCCUCCUCCAUCAGCCUCCUUUCAGUGCUCCGUCAGCAGGACGGCUCCUCCCACUCCCCCGUCUACACCUCUGCCUCUGAAGGACGGGGUUUCCCCCAACCAGGAGAGCCCGGCGCCCGAGACGCUGCCGGCACUAGCAGUGGGCACCAUCCGUUCUGGGAUGGCUCUCGCAGCAACACGGCCUCCUUUCGCAACGUGCUGCAGUGCAACCUGAGCCGCUACUUCAUGGAGUUUGACCGCAUGCAGGACCUGGAGCCGCCGCUAGGGGGCGGCAUUGCGGACGGAAGUCAGGAGCAGAGCCAAGAGCUGCUGAAUAAUAACAUGGACCCAGAGAGACCUGGGCCUUCCUCCUCUUCCUCUACCUCCGCCCCUACCAUCAUCCACUACCAGCCUCCUCUCCCCCCUCCUCCUGCCCCCCACAACCUGGAGAACAAUGUUCCUCCCCCGGCCUCCAGAGGCCAUCUGAACCGCUGCCGGGCCUGCCACAACCUGCUGACCUUCAACCAUGACUCUCAGCGCUGGGAGCGAACCAACCAGGCCUCCUCCACCUCUGCCUCCACUCUGGAGCCCUCCUCCUCUUCCUCCUUCCCUACUUCUUCUUCUUCCCCUUGGCAGCCUGAGGAGGGCAGGAGGACACUAGAAGCCCAACCUCAAGAGAGUCGGGUGCCUCCAGAUCCCAGCGAGCAGCCGCCUCCCCCUGGAGGUGGAGGAACAGGAACAGUGGCCUUCCCGAUAGCCCCGUCCCCAAGCCAGACUGGAGAGCAGACAGUGGGUUUGGUGUACAACCAGGACACGGCGCAGUGGGAGAGGGUGUACCGGCAGGCCGCUGCCGGCAGAUCGGCAGAGCCACCAGAGGCCUUAAGCCAAGAAAUGCCUGUUGACCCCCCAGAUGAGGACUCCCUUAGGAGGCGACUGUUGGAAUCAUCUCUAUUAUCAUUGUCUCGCUAUGACAUGUCAGGAUCAAGAGACCACCCCAUUUACCCUGAUCCAGCCAGGCUCUCUCCAGCUGCUUACUACGCCCAGAGAAUGAUCCAGUAUCUGUCGAGGCGGGACAGCAUUCGCCAGCGUUCGCUUCGCUACCAGCAGAACCGCCUGCGGGCCAUGUCGUCUUCAUCCGAUAGUCCUGCCAGCAACCCAUCCAGCUCCAUGGACAACAGCGACGUGGACUUUGAGGAGCUUGAUGAUAAUGGAGACAGAGCGAGGCACAGGUCUCCACGUAACGCCAGGAUGUCUGCACCCUCGCUGGGUCGCUUUGUCCCACGGCGUUUCCUCCUCCCGGAGUAUCUGCCCUACGCUGGGAUCUUCCAUGAAAGAGGGCAGCCUGGCCUUGCCACACACUCCUCUGUCAACAGAGUGCUCGCUGGUGCAUCUAUCGGAGACGGUCAGUCUGCAGUCGCCAGCAACAUCGCUAACACCACCUACCGUCUGCAGUGGUGGGACUUCACCAAAUUUGACCUGCCGGAGAUCAGCAACGCUUCAGUCAACGUCCUGGUGCCAAACUGUAAAAUAUACAACGACGCGAGCUGCGACAUCUCUGCAGACGGUCAGCUGCUGGCGGUCUUCAUUCCCAGCAGUCAGCGGGGUUUUCCAGACGAGGGCAUCCUGGCCAUCUACUCUCUGGCUCCACACAACCUGGGAGAGAUGCUCUACACCAAGAGAUUCGGUCCGAAUGCUAUCUCUGUUAGCUUGUCUCCGAUGGGCUGCUAUGUGAUGGUCGGCCUGGCCUCUCGCAGGAUCUUGCUGCAUCCCACCACCGACCACAUGGUGGCGCAAGUCUUCCGCCUGCAGCAGCCACAUGGAGGAGAGACCUCCAUCAGGAUGGUGUUCAACGUGGUUUAUCCGAUGGCUCCAGACCAGCGGCGCCAUGUCAGCAUCAACUCAGCUCGCUGGCUGCCGGAUCCAGGGAUGGGUCUGGCUUAUGGAACCAACAAGGGAGACCUGGUCAUCUGCCGGCCUGUGUUCUACCGGAGCGACGGUGAGAGCCCCGCGGAGUCAAGCAGCGAGCCUUUAUUCUCCGUCAACAACAGUGGAACCAGCCGGACCCGAGGUUCUGACAGACCAGGACCAAAUCGCUCUGGCUGGAGACUGGACAGAGACAUGGGUUUGAUGAAUGCGAUUGGUCUUCAGCCCCGACACCCCACCCCUUCAGUGACAUCACAAGGAACCCAGACGCCAAUCAUCCAGCUGCAGAACGCCGAGACACAAACAGAGAGGGACCUAUCAGAGCCCAGCGUCCCCCAGCCUGCACCCACUGUUCCUCCUGAGACUCCGUCGACGAGCCGAGCAGCUCCGGGGCAGCCCGAGGCGUCUCAGACCAGCAGGGCGACGGACGGCGGGGGCAGCCAGGGAGAAGCAGCUUCAGCAGAGGCCAACACAUCCACAGCUAGUACUGGAGAGUCUCCAGAGUUCGGCUCGGGUGAAGAUGCUCUGGCACGAAUCCGCCGGCUGAUCGCUGAAGGCGGUAUGACGGCGGUGGUCCAGCGGGAGCAGAGCACCACCAUGGCCUCCAUGGGCGGCUUCGGAAACAACAUUAUCGUCAGUCAUCGCAUCCACCGCGGCUCCCAAACGGGCGCGGGGGCCUCCAGGCCCGCCGUGGACCCCACCAUGACGGCCCCCUCCACCUCAGGUCCUCUCCUCCUCACCCAGACCUACGCCCCUCCCCAGGCUUCCAGCCCGUCUGAACAGCUCGCCCCCUCGUGGGCCCGCCAGCCCGCAGGCCUCUCUCUGGCCGUGGACAUGGACGACGUGUUCGACGGGGGGCGAACAGACGACGACUCCCUGCCGGGUCCCUCCUCUUCCUCCCUGCUGUUGUCUUCCCCCUCUUCCUCCUCCUCCUCCUCUCACAGCCCCCUCCCCGGCAGCGGCGGGGGCGCCUCCAACAGUUACCCCGGCGACCCGUACAGCAGGUAGUUCUCCUAUUGGCCAAGAGAAGCAGAGCGUUGGCCGACGGGUUUAGCAAAGGGCGCUCCUCAAAGCCUUAUUCACAAAGAAAUGGGUGCUGCUUUGACUCUGCACAGGGUCUCCUGCCUGGAAAAGAAGGGACACAAGAACCCCGCCUCACCUCCCCACCCCCCAACACCCACCCACCACCCACCCCUCCCUGGCGUUGGCGUGCACUUCCUCUGCACUUAUACAAACUGGACUGAAGCUGAACCGCGAUCAUUCCUCGUCAGAAAGGGCUUCUACUUGAACGGAGGCCAGUUAACGCUGAGCUCCUCUCCGCCCGAAUCUCUCCAAGUGUCAGCAUGAUGGAAGACCAGGUUUAUCACAGUGCCAUGUCUGAGGGGGGGGGGUCACAUUUACUCCAACGUACUGCAUUCGGUGCCAUGUGAUGUUGAAACUUGAUGUGAAAUAGUGCGUGAUUGAAGUGUUUAAAAAGUGAAUUCAGCACUACUUUAUUUUGAAGCCUGUUUUUGUACCGUGUGUAAUUAUGAUGUUUGAAAAGAAGAAACGGAGGCUGCGUGUGCCUGAGGCUGGACUCUGGAUCAGGACUCUGGAUCAGGACUCUGGUCAGGACUCUAGAUCAGGACUAUGGAUCACGACUGUGGAUCAGGACUCUGGAUUGUGGCUCUGGGUCACUUUCUCUGGACCGAUUGCGACUCUGGGUCGAGAUUCUGAGUCAAGACUCUGGAUCGCAACUCUGGAUCACCACUUUGCAUCCUGACUCUGCAUUCUAACUCUGGCAUGACACAACCCAGUGAGUCUGGAUCGCGAAUCUGGAUCAUUGUGACUCUGGAUCACGACUCUGGAUAUCGCGGCUCUGGGUCGUUACUCUCGGUCGUGUCUCUGGAUCGCGCCUCUGGAUCCUGACUCUGGAUCUCGCGACUCUGGGUCGUUACUCUCGGUCGAGGCUCUGGAUCGCACCUCUGGAUCCUGACUCUGGUUCAAGACUCUGGGUUGUGACUCUGGAUCGCGCCUCUGGAUCAGGACUCUGGAUCAUAGCGUGCAGCUCAUGGAGGAAGUUACUGUGUCCCACCAGGAGAACAGAUCAUCGAUGACUGAACUAAAUCUACUGCAUGUCUGUUCAAUAAUGCUGCAGAUCAUGAAACAUUUUAUUUAAAGGCUGAAGAACAAUUUCCUGUUUGGAGAGAGAUUCAUCAUGUCCUGCUCCAAACCCCCCACCCCUCUAAAACCACCGACCCAGUUCAUCAUGACCUGCUCCAAACCCCCCACCCCUCUAAAACCACCGACCCAGUUGCACUAUAGUGUGUUUGUGUUUGUUUGGAGCCGCCAGGAAAGUUUCAUGUUCUGUGUGAGCAGAAAGUUUAAUGAUCGCUGCAACUAACUAUUAUUACAACGGCGUAUCAGGAUUAUUGUAGGUAAAAAAACAACAAUACAGAGCCAGGAGAGAGAGGGAUAAUAUUCAGAGAAAAAACUUUCCAGAUUAAAGUGGUAAAUUUAAGAGAGAAAAAAAAAAAUAUUCUCAGAUUAUAAAGUCAUAAAUUUGUGAGAAACAACUCUGAAAUUUGUGAGAAAGAACUUGAAUAUUCUCUGAGAUUAUAAAGUCCUACAUUUUAGAGGAAGAAAAAUCUGAAAUUCACGAGAAAACAUGAAUAUUCUCUGAAAUUAUAGUGGUGAAUUUACGAGAAAAAACUCACAAAUUUACAAUAAAAAAUGUGGAUAUUCUGAGAUUAUAAAGUCAUAAAUUUACGGGAAAAAAACACGAAUUUACGAGAGAAAUACUUAAAUUCUCUGAAAUUAUAAAGUCAUAAAUUUUAACGAGAAAAAAAUCACAAAUUAGCAAGAAAAAGCUGAUAGUGGGUUUUUUGUCAAGAAACCACGUCACUUUUUUAACCUAUAUUUGAAAAUUCAGCAAAAUAUAAGCGUUGAAGUGAAAUCUGCUCACACAGAGGAAACUAUUAGAUGAUAAAAGAUGCCGGAUGGGAACGUGUGUACUGAGCGUGCUCCUGUAAGUGGGUGUGUGCAGUAGUGUGUAGUUGUGGGGAGGGCAGGAUGUAGCGUCUCUCAGCUCCUUCAUGUCAUCAGUUUGGCGGCGUGGUCCCCAUCUGACGGCUUUUUCCGCUGCAGGAACUGGAACCUGAAGCUGUUUUUUUUUACAAACCAGAACGUUUAAGAUAAACGCCACUGAAAAGGCGACGGAGGGACGUACGUCCUCAUUUUAUGUUCCGUUUAGUCAGCGAGUUCUGGGACGAACAAUAAUUGAAAAAGUGGCGCAAAUAGAGAAUUUCUUUACGUUUCCACGUGGUUAAACGUGAGUGUUGUUCCAUUAACUCUAGAGCUCUAUCUGCAGCAGGAGGUCAGCUGAAUGAAGUCCUGGAGGUCAGGUGACUCUCUGCUCAGUACCGCUCUGUUCUCCUCCUAUGAAUAUUCGCUCUGUUCACUUCUAUCGAAGCCUGAACCACGUUUCAGUUCCAUCUCCAGCUGCUCUGAUGGAUUUGCAGCUCUGUCGGCAAAUAGAAACACUGCUCUGUGGUUGUAAAUGCAGAAGAAGUUAUUCUUGUUUCCUCAUUAUUUUCAGUUCGUUAUCACACUACAGACUAUAAACUGUAAUUAGAAGGGCACUCUGAGAGCGCACACCAACGCCAAAUGUUCUAUCUCGCAAUGUCAACGAAAGUGAAAAAUAAUGUGUGUAUCCGCCUCAUGAUUCGUAAUCCUGCUGACAAAUCAGUCCGUGAUCGCUCCGAUCAAUAUUUAUUUAUUCCUUUUUCUUUGAACAGAAACGUAAAGCGACGAAGAAGACGGUGAAGAAACCGAGCGGAGGAAAUAGUUUCUGAAUCUUUUCUCUUCAGGAGAAAAUAAAAUAUCGUGAUGGUAGCGUUGGAUUUACCACUGAAAGGGCGGUACUGGGAAUGUUACAGAAAUACCAGCGCUACCUGACCGUUACUGGGAAAUGUAAUUCAACUUUUAACCCAGAACAAACAGCAAAACACACAUGUUGAUGUGGAGAAUGAAAAUAUGGCGUCUUGCUCUCAGUGUUUAUCUGGAACACGUGUCCUGCAUUAUUAACAAAGAACGUAUAUCGCUAAGAAGUGAAAGCCGGUUGUUUGUUCCAUUAGAGCAGCAGCAGAGCUACGCUUCCACCAUUUUGGACUGAAAGCCACUACCAGACGCCAGGAAAACGUUCGCCUACAAAGUGCUGUUCAAAGUAAAACCAAAUUAUUUCUAUUCUAUUGUCAUAUUAUUUAUUAUUAUUGUCUCUACUGUACAGGACGGUAAAUUUACGAGAAAAAACUCAAAUAUUCUCUUAGAUUAUAAAGUCAUAACUUUGUGAGGAAGAAAAAUCAGAAAUUCACAAGAAAAGAAACUUGAAUGUUCUCUGAAGUUAAAGUGGUGAAUUUACGAGAAAAAACUCAAUUAUUCUCUGAGGUUAUAAAGUCUUAAAGUUGCAAGAAAAAACUCACAAAUUCCCGAGAAAAAAAACUUGAAUAUUCUUUGAAAUUUAAGUGGUUUAUUUACAAGAAAAAACUCAAAUAUUCUUUAAGAUUAGUCAUAAAUUUACAAGAAAAAAUUCAAAUAAUCUCUGAGGCUAUAAAGUCAUACAUUUACGAGAAAAAACUUGCAAAUUCACUGAAAUGGCCUCGGUUGCACAAUAAAAUAUUAUAAAUAUAAUAAGCGUUUUCAGUCCAAAAUGGCGGUAGCCGCUGUCAGAAACACACGGGACUUUCGUCUCUUUGCUUCUUUACUCUUUGUUAUUAACAAACACCUGAAAGCACCUGAUCCAGGAUCCAGAGUCCAGGUUUAGUUCCAGGAACUCGCUCCACGCGAUGGAUCCACCUUCAGCCUCGGCUCGUUAACUUCCUGCGGUGGAAAAGGCCUGUGAUUGGUGCCUCCACACUAAACCCCGCCCCUCCUGACUCCACCCGCCUCCCUUCAGACUCCUGCAGAAGAGGAGUGAUAGAUCAGGCGCUCCUCUUCCUCUCCAGCCGGUCUGAGACUGUAAAGCCCUGUGCUGCUUUUAAUCUGUUUUUAUUCUUAUUCCACAUGUGCUUCUCCACACACACACACACACACACACACACACACACAGCUGCAUAGAGGUUCAUGUACUGGUAGUGUUUAUGUGUGUGUUUGGGGGUUAUAAUGGGGGGAGAGGGGGGUUAACGGACCUAUGAACAUGAAGAGGAGGAGGAAGAACUGCAGAGACACUGUGUGAUUCGAGACAGAGCUGUUUACUUUUUAUUUUUUAUUUAACCUUUAUUCUCUGCAGGUGAGAACAGGUUAGUCCAGGUGAGAACAGGUUAGUCCAGGUGAGACCAGGCGAUGACAGCGGCUGCAUGUAAGAAACAAACUGAUCUGAAUGCUCCUCCUGGCUUUAUACUUGAUUCAUGAACAUUUUAAAACCAUGUGUUUGGGUGAUCUCGUGUCUGUUUUGUGUGUGUGUGUGUGUGUGUUUGUCGGGGUUAUUGGGGGGGCGGUUUCUGCCCCCCGUUUCCUGUGAAUGAUGAACUGAGCGCCGCCGCCGUAUUCAACGAUGCACCCGGUCAAUAACAAAGGUACAACUGUGUCAGCAGACCCCUGAGUUUGUACAGCUCGAUUCUUUGCUUUGACUUUUAGACGUGAUGUAAUUAAAGAGCUUUGAGAGUUC